AUGUCGUAUAGGAAUAAUGCAUCUGGCGGAUACUAUGCAAGAAACUCUGGCCCUCCAUCCGGUCGCGGUUAUCGAUAUAAUGCGAUGACCUCGCCAGCUCAGAGUGGUAAUGUGAGACUCAGCGGAAGCCAAAGUAGAAAUAAUCAGUUAUACAUGGGGGAUCUGGACCCAAGUUGGGAUGAAAAUGUUAUACGGAGUAUAUGGAAUAGUUUAGGUGAGAGUAACGUUGAAAUCAAGUUAAUGUGGAAUAAUAGAAACGCUGGAGUAAGAACUCAUCUCGGAUACUGCUUCGUACAAUUUUCAUCUAGAUCACAGGCCUCUAAUGCUCUGUUAAAGAAUGGGAUGGCAAUUCCUGGAUAUCCAUCUAAGACACUAAGGCUGAAUUGGUCCUCUGCUAGUGGCAAUAGCGCCGAUGGCUCUAACGAGAUUUCGGUCUUUGUCGGGGAUCUGGCGCCCAAUGUUACUGAAUCAGAUCUUUUUGAGCUGUUUAUCAGCAAAUGUCCUUCCACUUCAAAUGCCAAGGUUAUGUAUGAUCAAGUUACAGGUGUUUCGAAAGGCUAUGCUUUUGUCAGGUUCGGCAAUCAAGAAGACCAACAGCGUGCUUUGCAAGAGAUGACCGGUACGUUCCUCAAGGGCAGGGCUAUACGUGUUGGUAGUGCCGGCCAUCAGAAUCAAAGAAAUCGCAACGGCCCUGGUUUGGAGAACAAACUCAAAGGGCUUAAUGCAACUGUAUCAAGCCCCAAACCGGCCAAUAUCAGCUCUACCAACUUUUCACAGUUCAUACUUCCGACACAGCAACUGCCUCCGCUGAACAGUUUCACCGAUCGAAAUAAUACGACACUGUUUGUUUCAUCUUUAUCCCAUAUGGUAACAGAGAACGAAUUAAAGGCUUUCUUUCAACCCUUUGGUAACGUCAUAUAUGCCAAAUUACCAGAAAACAAGCAGUGCGGGUUUGUUCAGUAUGUUGAUCGAGCAUCAGCUGAAAUGGCGAUUCUUAAAUUGCAAGGAUUUCCAAUAAGAGGCUCUAGAAUAAAGAUAUCGUGGGGAAGGCCAGCAAAACCCGCUGUUGUGAUAAAGGAAGAACUAGCAAAUAACGGCUGGCAGUAUCAACCUCAACCAUCAAUCAAGCAGCCAACAUAUGGUUACGUCACACCGUCCAUAGACUUUAUUACACCCGCUUAUGAGGUACAGAAUAGUUUUCCGAACGGUGAUGAGGAGGCAUUACUACUUCCAGGAUACUCCGGUUGCGAGUUGAUAGACUUUCCAUCAUCUGCAUCUGGUUUGCAAAGCAUUUACGAAUCCACUGAGUCCAAUUGUGGGCCUCACACAAGCAUAAGAAAUGAUGAUUCAUUCAUUGAAGCCACACAAGCUAGCCUGAAUAGGUUGGAGGAUGCUAGUAAUGGCUACGUUUUUGCAUAG